CCGCCGGGGUGGGGAGAAAAACCUCGCGCGUGCCCCCAUGGCUACGGCCGCAGGCCCGGCCAUGUUGGGUGUGGGCAGUGCGGCGUGGAAAUUCCGGAGAGGAAGUGGGCAAGCCAUAGAGAGGAAGUGGGCUGCAAAUCCUUUGUAUUGAGCAUAGAGGGGUGCUGAGAGGAAGGUCCCAAGUCUUCUUCCUGACUGUUCCACGAGGAUGGAUAAGGAAAAGAUCAAGAUCACCGAGAGGAUACUAAACCUCACCUUGGAGAUCGUCUGCCUGCUGACCGGAGAGCGCUUUCCUCCGGUGAAAUCUGGUGACAAUGUGAUCAUCACAGUGCCCCAACUGCAAUCACUGAUACCCGAGAGAAAGGACAAGAAGAUUCUAGAAGUCACCCAGAAGAUCAUAGAGCUGCUGACGGGAGAGGAGUGGGAAUAUUUAGAAGGACACAAGGAUUUCUACAAGGAUGCCAUGCUGGAGGACCCGAGGAAACAGGAGGCCAUGAUGGAGGACCAGAAGGAGAACACCGUGAAUUUGAGAACAGAAAGAUGCCCCAGCAGUGCCUUGGGUGGCACACAGGAAGAGCACAACUACGCUCAGAAUUACCAGAACGGAAUCUUGGAAAAUGUUAAAAUUAAAGAAGAGGAGAAAGAAGAUGAUGAUGAGAUGGUGAUCAUGGUGAGGGUGAAGGAGGAGGAGGAGGAUCCCAUAGAGAUUGGAGCAGAUGGACGCGAGUUGAACAGAUCCUCGGAGGAUUAUCUUUCCUCACCCCCAUAUUCAGACGCCGACCACACGAUGCCACAUUCUCAUACAGGACUAUCCAAUCCUUCAGGUUUUGAGGAAUCUUUUAGAGUACACGAUCUCCGUCGGGGAACUUAUGCCGAGGGUAGAAGAGCCAGUUCCUCCAAUCCUGAGGGAUCUUUUAACGCUCAAUCACAUACCUUCGGCUCGGAGCCGUACGGUGCAGACCGGUUGGACAGUCCCUCUAGUUCCGAGAGAUAUUUCCCAGCUAGAUCACAUACGGUCACUCCAGAUUUGCACCAAGGUGGCCAGGGAUCGCCAGAUCCUUCCAGUUCUGAGGGAGUUUCUCUCAAGUCCCGUGGUCCGAAAUUUCAGUGCCUAGAGUGCGGGAAAUGUUUAUCCCAGAAAUCUCAUCUCAUGGAGCAUUUAAAAGCCCACAAGCGGGAGAAGCCAUUUUCCUGCUCCGCCUGCGGCAAGUGUUUCACGGGGCAGGCCAACCUUAACCGCCACAAGAGCGUCCACACGGGCGAGCUCCCGUUCAUCUGCCCCGAGUGCGGCAAGAGCUACGGGACCGUGUCGUGUCUCAACGAGCACCGUAAAACCCACAGUGACCAGACGCCGUUCCCUUGCGCUCAGUGCGGGAAAUGCUUCCCCAGCAACUCUGCCCUCCUUCAGCACGGAGACACUCACAACAGUGAGGGACCCUUUGCCUGUCCUGAGUGCGGGAAAAAUUAUAAACGGAAGUGGGAGCUUCUUAAACACCAGAAGGUUCACACCGGAGAGAAGCCGUUCUCCUGUACGGAGUGCGGGAAAAGUUUUGUCUGGAAGUUUGCACUGAACACUCACCUUAGACGGGUUCACUCCGCGGAGGGAACGUUCCUGUGCACCAUAUGCGGUAAGCUUUACCCGUGUCGGGCCCGGCUUGUAGAACACCAGAAGAUCCACUCGGGGGAGAAGCCAUAUUCCUGCGCCGAGUGCAACAAGCCGUUCUCCUCCAGGACUGAGUUGGUGCACCACCAGAGGACCCACACUGGUGACAAGUCCUACCAGUGCUUGGAGUGCGGCAAGUCCUUCACGUGGACGUUCCAGCUCCGAACCCACCAGCGUAUUCACACGGGAGAAAAACCAUUCUCCUGCUCCGACUGCGGCAAGAGCUUCACGCUGAUGGCGUUGCUCCGUAGACACCAAAAGCACCACACCGGCGACAAGCCCUACUCCUGCUCGGAGUGCGGCAAGCGGUUCAUCACCAGGGCCGAGCUCAUCGUUCACGAGAGGGUCCACCGGGGCGAGAAGCCGUUCCCGUGUCCGCAGUGCGGCAAGUGCUUCACCCAGCGCUCGCAGCUUCAGACGCACCAGCGCAUUCAUACGGAUGAGAAGCCGUAUGCCUGCGCGGUGUGCGGGAGGUGUUUCGGGCGGAAGUCCCAUAUGGACAAACACCAGAGAACUCAUACUCGCUGAGAUGUAGCGUUUUUGACUUGGAGUUUGUUUUAUCAAUGCAAUAAAUGUGUAAUAAAGAUUUAUCCCAAA